GGGCCCUAUCCUCCAAUGAUACUGUCAGUCAGUGAGCAGGGCCUGACCUUCUAAUUAUACUUUUAAUACUGUUAGUCAGGGAACAGGGCCUGGCCUUCUGACUGUACUGUCAGUCAGUCAGUGAGCAGGGCCUGACCUUCCAGCUGUAUUGUUAGUCAGCCAGCCAGCAAGACCCCUGGCUGUACCAUCAGCUGUGCAGUCAGCUGCACCAUCACCUGGGACCAACCUCCCCAACUCACUGUCAGUCAGUCGGUGAACAGCUGACUGAUCCAAUGCUGGCCGGAUGUGGGGCCUUGAGCAUCAAUGAAGCAUAGCCUGUUUUUGAAGAGCUUUGAAGUUCACCCCGUGGUUUCCUCAGCUGCUGAGCUCAGUUCUCCCCCACUGUUGUUUGAGUGGGUUUCCUGUUUGCUGUUCUACCCUGAGUUGGGUGGUGGGGCUCAAGCGUGCAGCACAGAUGGACCCAGAUGUCUGGGUGGUAAAACUGAGAGGGCAGAGCUGCAGGCUGGGAAGUGGGAGCCCAGCUCUGAGCCCUUGCAUCCCUGCUAAGUCCUUGCUUCCCUCCCUCUCAGCCUCACUUCUCCCUUCUCAGAAGGGGAAAAGACCCUGCCUGAGCACCAAAUCAGGCUCUCAUUUAUUGAGCACUCACUGAGUCUCUGAGUCAUCACCUUAACUUACAUGGAGGAGGUACUGAGUAAGGGGCUCUGGGAUCUGACAGGCCUCGGUUUGAAUCACUACCUCACUGUUUAGUACCUGGGUUACCUUGCGUAACUCACCUUGCCUCUCUGAACUUCAGUUUCCUCAUCUGGACAGUAGAACUGAUAAUACCUUCCCCAUGAUAUUAUUAUGACAACUAAACUAGAUGUUUGAGUAUUAUUUCCAACUUGUCAAAUGCUCAAACCCCUAAAACGUAAGGAUAACAUCUUAUUUUACUGAAGGGGCAACUGAGGUUCAGAGAGGUGGAGCAACUUGCUAAGGUCAUGUUCAUUUGAAGGAAACAUCCAAGAAAGAUUGCCUUGGGUUGGCAUUAGGUGUGCUGUAAUUUUCAUUUUUAGACUCUGAAAUUUAUGCCAUACAACUGGCAGAUGAUGGCUCUUUCUCUCCUCUCCUCCCUAAUCCUUCUCCUCCUGCCCUCUGCUGCCCACAGGAGUUGGAGAAACUAGUACUCAUGGUUAGAAGGCCUGAGUUCCAACCUUGGCUCAGUUACCAACUUGCUGUGUGACCUUAGCCAAGUCACUUGUCCUCUCUGGCCUUGGCUUCUCCCUCUAUAAAAUGAGGAAAAACAAGUCAGCACUGCUCAGAAGCUUAGCUGAGGUUGGAAGGAAUGUGACUGAUAUCAGGAGGAGCUGUGUAAACCCAUGGCAUCCUGAGUGAAUUUAUUUCCUUUCUCUGUCAGGACUGGUGGGGCCUCCCUCUUGUUGCGUGGUUUGGGGGCGGGACCACACACACUCAUACACGCCACAAACACACUACCACCCGUACACUCACACACACUUGUAUGCGUAUGCACACUCACGCUAACACGCACACACAGUUGCAUACGUACACCCUUCCACCCACGUGGUCACACAUACACAAUUCACAUUGACACACACUAAUGCAUACACAGUUCUCUGCACUUGCGUCUACACAUGCACACAGCCAAUCGCAUGUACACACAUACUCAUGCCUACAGUCUCACACAUACCACACAUAGACACACACACCACCCACGCUGACACUAGCACACACACAGUCGUACAUGAAUACAUACACACAUCCAUCACACACACACACACACACACACACACACACACUCGCACUUACACUUUGGUUCCAGGCUUCCUCUUCGCCCUUCCUGCCACACACCCGAAAAGCCCUCUGUGCCCAGAGUAGCCUUCACCUGGCGCCCAGCGGGGGCUGAGGGUCCAGGUAACUCGGUGGGCUCAGCAGGAGCAGCCCCUGGACCUGCCUGACUGGACUAGCCGCUUGCGAUGCUCCCUGGGGCUCACGUGACCAAGCAGCAGCUUCUCUGGCUCCAAAGCAGCUGUGACCAUCAACAGGCCGUCCGCUGGCUGUCAGCCGACUUCUGAAUGAUUCAUGCAGCUGUGAACUUGACUCCCUGUGACAAGCGGUGCGGGAAGAGCCGCCCCCUCCAGGGGAGGACUGGCAGCGUGUACAGUGCUGGUGGCAUAACCCCCGGCUGCCAGCCAUGGAGUAUUAUUACUGCCCCAGCUUGCUGAAACUCUUGCAGUACCUCUGGAUCCAGCUGCAGCUACUGCCAUUCAGACAACCCGCCUCUUGCACCCCCUCCAGUCUUCAGGAUCUACUGUCAUGUGUCCGUCUCCCCACGUCCAACUAUUCCAGCUCCAUAAGGGUUAAAACUCAGAGAGCUCAUGUGACCCACUGUAAACCAGGAAUCAUUCUCAGGGCUCCCCAGCCAAGCCUGCCAGCCCAGGAUGGGGCAGAUACUGUGCCCUGGGGUUGCCAUGGCAACCCGGGCAGGCAACACAGCCCGCCCCAUCCUUCCUUGGAGGACCUGCAGGGGCUAUUUCACCUGGCUUGGUAUUGCCUUCCAGGGAGAGAGAGUGGGGAAGGAGGCUGGAAAGGCAAGAAAGGGAGUGGGAGGAGAGGGCUGGAGAGGGACCGCCAAGAGGGAGAGGGCGGGGAGAGAGGCUGAGAAAAACAGACAGAGAAACUGGCCACGAGAGGGAGACAGACUGACAGCCGCCAGAAGUCCCGAGCCGCUGCCUGUAACCCAAGAGGCAGAACCAGUCUCCGCUAUUGUAACCUUCCCUGGGCUUUGCACGCGGGCUGGGUCUCCCACAUACAUGCACAGGCGCCCACACGCGCCCACACGUGUAGCUGCAUUUCCUUGUGCGCCUGUGGCCAGGCCACUGGGGCGGGUAACUGUCAGGCACGUGAAGUCCCUGGCAGCCCUGCGGAAAGGGUGAGCGAGUUGGGACUUGGGGAAACGGAAAAAAAAAAAUUAGGGCGGACGUCAGCGCCCUGGGCGGCCACCCUGCCAAGGCCCCUCCUGCAUUCCUGGGCUGUGAAGCCCCUCACUAAGCCAGGGACUGAUGUCAUCUGGGCCGCUCCGCCAAGGGACCUGGGGGCCCUGGUGGCUGCCUCCGGAAAUGAGCUAGAUGCCUGCAGCCGACAGGUUUGGAAUCUCGGAGGACGGGAAACCUGCAUGGGUCAGGUGAGCAGGGCCCAGCGGUGGGCAGCCGGGCAGGGGGCUUCCAGUGUGUGCUUUGGAGGGACACCUGGCCUGCAGGGAAGUGGGGACCAGGGGGCCCAGGGCUGGUGCCUCUCCCUGCCCUGCUGCACAGGGACUGUCACGCCCUGGAGCAAUUGUGACCACUCGAUUCCUCCCACCAUUCCUCGUCACGACCGGUCUGCCUGGCGAGCACUUGGACCUGAAGAUUGGACCGCCCAAUGUGUUUACUUUACAACUCCAGGGGACUCCUCACCCGACACUGAGCCACCUUCUAAUUCUGUGUGAGACCUGGGAUCCACACCGGCUGCUUUCUCUGCAAUGUUUAUUUCCCCUCUGGUUUGGCUGAAGACCACAGCUGGGUCUUCUCUCCAGGCAAGCCCAUAACUUCUAUGAGCAUAAAGUGUUAGGAAGACGGGAGAGGACACUGACGUUUUAAUUGCUUUUCUCCCCUCUCACCUCCUUCCUCCCUUUCUGCCUGUCCCCAUGGAUUACCUCGGAGACAAACUCACAGUGGCCCAAACCCACAUGACCCAGUGGAUGGGGACGGUGAGGAGGUCGUUCCAGGAGGCUCUCAAUUUAGUGACUACGACUGUGGCCCACGACCGGACAAGCAGGGAGCCGGCCAGCCGGACCCCCUUCAAGCGCACCUCCUCCUUCCGACACCUGGCUUCCCGGAGUCGGGAAUCGUUCCGCCGGUUCUCCACUCGCAGCCAACAGAGGUUUUCUUCCCUGAGGAAAAGGCAGACAGAUUCAGAGGCACCAGAUAUUGACCAGCUGAAGCAGUGUUUUUCCAGGCGGCCGCCCGAGGCCAAGGACACCGACACCCUCGUGCGGGAAGCCGACAGCCAGUAUGGGACGUGGACAGAGCAGCACCAGAGCAGGGAGAGCUUGGCCCCCGAGUCCCCAUCCCCGGACAGCAGUGCCUCGUCAGCACGGAAACAGCCCCCCAGUAGCCGCUUGCCCUCCCUGUCAUCCCAGACGGAGCCCACCUCGGCCGGGGACCUGAACGACAGCUCCAGGGGCCAGCGGAGCACCAGCGUGGACCGCUCCAGCACAGACCUGGACUCCACCGACGGAACGGAGGGGCCACCCCUGCCAGACGCCUGCCCAGCGCAGAGAGAGGACGACUUCUCCUUCAUCAGUCAAACCUCAGUCCUCGACUCAAGUGCCCUAAAGACCCGUGUGCAGCUCAGCAAGAGAAGCCGCCGCCGGGCUCCCAUCUCCCACUCUCUGCGGCGCAGCCGACUCAGUGAGUCAGAGAGCAGGUCCCCUUUGGAGGAGGAGCUUGACAGCACGUGGAUGUUCAAGGACUCAACAGAAGAGAAAUCCCCCAGGAGGGAAGAGUCGGAUGAGGACGAGAAGCCACCCAGGGUUGAGAGGACUCCCAUCAGCCAUCCUCAGAGGAUGCCCGCAUUCCCGGGCAUGGAUCCGGCAGUGCUCAAGGCUCAGCUGCACAGGCGGCAAGAGGUGGACAGUCCUGGCGAGACCCCCACCCGGGCCCUCCAGUCCAAGACCCCCAAGUUCCCCUUCCAGCCUGGUGUUCUGGGCAGCCGCGUCCUGCCAUCCAGUGUGGAGAAGGACGAGAGGUCAGAAGAGCCCUCUCCCCAGUGGCUAAAGGAGCUGAAAUCCAAGAAGAGGCAAAGUCUGUAUGAGAAUCAGGCUUAACGAGGUCGGGGACACCACCCAUGCCUAAUCAACAGAAGCCUUAACUGUCAGACCCCGAAGACGAGGCCAUGCCACCGCUGUCCCUUCCUGCACAUUGGUCACGUGCCUGGGCCUUCCGGUGGGUGGAGGAUGCUGUCCAGUGUUCCCCCUCUCCCUCCACGGGCCCCCCCCCCGCCGGAUCCGGAAAGGAGGAUACCUCUGCCACGGCACAUCACUCAGACAGCACUGCAGACCAUGAACAAAGCCACGCUUUCGAGAAAUGUCCACGCUGGUGAUUUUGUCUUUUAUGCAAUCAUUUGCAUUUCUACCCACUUCCGACACCUUCAGCAGCUCCAAGAACAUCUGUGUGAGGCUGGACCGUUUCUCUGGGUUCUGAAAAGCACCUGAAUUCUGAAGGCACCUCGUUCCCCCCACCCUAGGGCAGGCCUUUCUUGAAAGGAUAUUUUCAAGGAAGGUAAAAUCGUUCACUUCCUGCCAUAAUCUUGGUCCGAGUCAGCACCACCGGAUUGGAAUUUUCUGAGGUGGUCCUUCUUCCCCCCACCACCCUGGAAAUAUCAGCAAUUCCAGUUUCUAAGCACACUCUGCCUCUUUCUUUUGAGUAUUUCUGUCCUCCCUGUGGAGAUGUGUACAUCAUAGUUGACCAGUUCCAUUGUACGUCCCUUUGUUUGCUUUUGAAGGUGAUAAAGCAAUAAUUCAGCCGAUUUUCUUUAAAAUUUGAUGUGUAUAUAUGGUUUGAUGUUCCAGGACCGGAAGAGAGGUGUGUGAAUAGUUUGUUUUGAAGUAUCCAAUCACCUCAGGUUAUCUUAUCCCUAUCCAAGCUUUUAAAAAAUUGUUUUGUCAUUCCUGUAUAUAUAUUCCUGGCUUCUUUUUAUUUGAGCUCUGCUUUCUGUGAGGUGACCUUUGUCCCUUGGCCUCAAGGAUUCACAAGCUGUAGGCCAAGAUGGUGGUGCCUCUGCCAGUCAAACCCCAGACCUGCCCAGAGUAUCUCUGUCUUUCUACCAAGCCUUUUCUGAAACUACCUGGGCUGUUGGCAGAGAGGAAGCAUUCCACAUUGGCCUCAGAACAAACACAUGCAUAAAGGUUGUUUUUUGUUUCUUUCCACCUCUUUGUUCUCCCUCCUCCAACUCCACCCAACAAGUGCUUCUUUGAGUAGGAAAGCCUCUCUCAAGAAGGGAGCCCCCCAGGCCAGGGGCUCUGAGCAGAAGUGCUGGAUGCCAGAUGAUGAAGGAUAAGGCUCGCCUUGCCUUUUCUUGCCUUGCUAGCUCUGAGCUCAUUCCCAGGAAAUGCCAAGCCCCUGGGGCCUCUCUCCUCUGCCCUUCUCUUUGGAAAUCCUCAACACCAGCCUCCUCCACCUCUUAGGUCCAAGGCUCCAGCAGACUACUCGGGCAGGCCUGGAUGGCCCCUUGCUCUGCCCAUAAUUGCCUCAAACUCUGUGCCAACCUUGCCUGGGAGACCCCCAUGGGGAGAAAGGCACCCAUGCAAUUCACAGGGCAGCCCGUGACUGCUGAGGGGCCUUGGGUCUGGGUUUCCUAAAGGAUACAUGCACAGCACUGGCCAGAUACGGGUGCAGGGGGCACAUGCUCCUGACUUCCCAAGGGGAAAAGGUCUUUCUUGGUCCAUUGCAUUAUUUACAAGUGGUGUCAAAAAAUGUCUAUCUUCUCCCUGGCUAACUCUCCAAGUCUCCAUCUGCCUCCCCAUCUCUUCUUUCUCCCUUUACCACCUCUUUUCUCCCUUUUGGGGUAGGGUGAGGGGUAGAUAGCAUUCCCCCUUUUCUCCAGGUUAAGACAAAUGCUUGUGCCCUGGCAACUGAUGGUGACUUAGCAUCACAGACAGCGGUCACAGGGCCCCACCCGCCCUGAGUCCUGUUGGCUGAACUUUGGCUAUGAUGGCAGUUGUUGGAGCCAGGCCCCAGCUCAAUCUUUUGCAACUGAAGUCCUCAUGACUUUCUGAAGCCUAUUUGAUCAACGAGGAAGUCUACUUGACUUGUCCUUCAAGUUCCAGUCCAUGUUAUGUAACAUCUUUGAUGUGGUGGCUUUUCAGGUCAAUAGGAAGCCUUUAGAGACACUCUGCUAGUCUUUCAACCCCAACUUCUUUUCUUCACUGCUGUCUUUCUUUCCUUCAGAUGAGAAGGGACCCUGGUAUCAUCUCAGGUGGUGGGAAAUGUCUGGCUCUAUUUAGCGAACUCAUCUACACUCACCAUGCAAACUCUCACUUCUUAAUUCAUGCUUAAUGUUAAGGAAUUCAUGUCCUAGCCCAAAUAUACCUGACAGAAAAGAAAAACCACUUGAAAAUGAGGUUAGCCUGGGGACCCUUUGCCUAACCUCCUGACUGGAAAUAAAAUCCAUUUCACCCCUUGGUGAUUUGACCAUACGAGGUCCAGCCUUUGAAAUUUGACUCAGGCAAACCCUGAAGAGUCUCUUCAGCUCCUUUCCUUUUGUGCAGUUUCAUCUCCUCCAGAGCUUCGUAGCAGACAAGUCAAGUGGGUCAGGAAUGACCCUCUUAAUUCAGGCUCCCCAUGACUUCUGAGUCCUGCUUCUGAUCGGCACAGUGACGUUAGAAGUAUCUAUGCCUGGGAGCCUUUGCAGAUACCUGGGCAACCACAUUAUUUAUGUCUCCGGAUGGGGGCUAAGCAAGGGGUUGUAUACUAAUGUUGUGUGUUUGCCUGGUGCCCCGCUUUGGAAAUCCGUCUCCUUUGAAACUAUUUGAAUAUGCCUUAAUCACUUCUGUGCAAUCAAGCCACCUGCCCCCGUCCCCCACCCCUUCCCUGGGCCUUUGGCGCCUCUUAGAUGGGACUCUUCCCAGAAUGCGGAUUCCUGUAUAUGAACACUCUCUGUCUCUCCUCUUUGCACAUCAGCAUUUUGACAGCUGGUCUUUUGCUAAGUCUGUAUCUUUUUCCGCUCCAGUAGGCCCCCUUCUUCAUGGUCCCUUGCCUAAUGAAACAGAAGCUGUUGGCCUGUGAAAUUCCAUGGCAAGGCCUCAAGAAAACAAAAAAGCAUGUCGUGGAGAAUUACACAGUGCUGUCAGAGAAAUUCUGGUGAAAGAGCAACCUUGUGGUGUUGGGGAUGUUGGGAGUUUCCGGUAACGCUGAGCUGAAAUUUCCGGUUGUCUUGAUUUCAGGGAAAUAAGGUGGAAAUGUUUUCCGGGGGGAACAAGCCGAGUCGUAUGUUUUCAGACAGAUGUGUUUCCCUUUGUGCGGCUCAGGGAGUGAGGCCGGCUUCGGGGUCUAGCUGAGAAGCAAGAGUAGAAAGGGACAUAAGCUGAGGUCCUAACCCUUAGAGGCUGACCGAGGGAUUUGGAAGACCCCUGGGCAUGACUUCCCUGAAGGAGACCUCAGUGACUCCCACCCAGUGCUGAUAGCUGCCUGGUCAGUUUACGCUUUUAAAUUUGUUGUCAUGAUGGCCCCAGAUUGUUCUAGGGGUUAGGUAUCAUCAUGAAGCUAAAAUCCCACCAGGGUGCUAGCGGAAGGCCUCCUAAAUGAAAUGCUUUCUUCAAGGCGGGCCAGGCCUGCAGGGAAUACAGGAGAAGAAAGCUUUCCCAUUUUAGAAGAAGGUUCUGGAGCCAGCCCCACCCUCACCAGUUGCGGCUUGUCCCCCUCUAUCCCUAUGGCCACACCCACACGGCCUUGCCCCUUAACACAGGAAACCAGAUUGCGGUUACCUUUGCAUAAAUCAGUAUUUCUGGGUGAGCUUGGGUGGAACUAGGGAGGCAGGAGAAAGGCUGUACCCACCGGGGAACUACUCCUUCUGCCCCCAGUUUAGGUGUUUAAGCUGGGGCAGGUCACUAUGUUGAUGGAGGGAUAUUCUGUAACCUCCAAAUAAGCCUCAUCAUCUUACCCCUAGCCUGAUGUGUUAAAACAGGAAAACAGAACUCCCAUGGUGUCAUGAGUCUGUGAGGCAGCAGGGACACCAUUGAGAUGGAGGGGGCCGCUUGAAGCAGGCACAACCCCCUCCUCAUCUGCUGGGAGAUCUGCUCUGGGCUUGACCACCAUAUCGAGUGGGGGGCCCGAGCUCUGUGCUGAGAAGCUGCUGGGAGUUGCUUCAUUGGAACUUGGGGCAGGCCAAGGCUGUGGCAGCAUAGAACCAUCUAGAAGGCAAGUCGGCGUGAGUGUGCUGGAUCUUGACCGGCCUGUGUCUCCUUUUGCCCGGACCACCCUCCUAAGAUAUCCUUUCUCUUAUCUCUUAGUCCAUGCCAGGGUGGGGGUGGGGCAGGGAGUGGGCAGGAAUCCAGGCUGUCUGCUCAGGAAAGUCAGCCUGAGGUUUCUGCCAAGUUCAUCCUGGAAAUCGACACCAUUCAGCCUCUCUCCCUUCACCUCCCAGAAGCCCCCUUCUUAAAUAGUUGCCCUUGUACCCCACACCCUAACAUCUAAGACUCAGACUGGGACUUUCUCGACAAUCCCUGCUGGCAUCACGCCUGCUAAAAAUUGUGCCAUUGUCAAAAGAAGAAUUUGAACUUCUUAAUGAUCUCCUUCCACAUCGCCUUACAGCUCCUGUAAAUAGGGGCUGGCAAAAGUAAUACAUUGUGUUACGGAAGAUAUUUUGUACUGUCUUCUUUCCUAAAUCAUCCCAGUUGUCCUAGAAGUCAUGAACUUCCCAGAUGACUUUGAACCUCAGAAUGCUUUGUAGGAUGGGGGGAGAUACAGAUAAAUGUGGUAUAUAUUUUCCUAACCUUUCUUCUUGGUUCCUUCCUCUGAUACGUGAGUCCUGAGAGAAGAGGAACUUGAGUUCUGUAUGUAGGAAAGUGCAGCCUCUUGCCUGAAGAUAUUCUUGCAGUUGCCUUAUGAAUUCACAAGCUCUAGAAGGUCUGAGCAGAAGCCCGGGGACGGGGGCACCUCAUCCAAGCCCAGAAAGGAUCUGUAAUCAUGUGACUGAUAAUUCAGCUAUAAAAACCUAUAUUUUUCAUGUUCGAAAGAAACGGGGCUUCCUGGACCUCGCAAAGUAUUGUAUGUCUACAAGUGCUUUUAUAUUUUAUAACUGUAAAGAGGUUUCAUAGGCACAGAAGCACAGUCAGACAUCUGGUCGACUGCGUUCAAACAAGAUGACCUUUGCAUGUUCAAAGAUGUUGCAUUCAGACUAUGAAAAUAGCGAAUAAAGCUUUGAUGCAGGUUGCAUUGGAGAAGUUGGUGUGUCAGUGUAUGACUGAAUGGAGUCUCCCAUGUGUGCAGGUCCGACCCAUCUCUACCUGACUGGGUUGUACUCUUGUCUGGC